GUUAAUAUUCCCCACCGCUUUCAUGUUUUUACCGUAUUUACCCUUGGGAUUACUCCUCCUCACCGUUCGGCUCUUCAUCUACCCACAUGCCAUGAUCGCUUCGUUCGUCCUAACUUCUUUCGGAAUGCUGAAAAGAUCUGUACUGCGGGUUAUGUGUCUAGUUCUUGGCUUUUCUGUUAAACUGAAGGAAGACAAACCCGCAGUGGAUAUCCAGAAGUCGAUUCCUAUUGUUUCAAACCAUGUCACACUGUUUGACCAUUUGAUGAUAUGCCUGACACAAGAGUGCGUAACGCCUCAUCCGCAUGUUUUCCACUGGAAAUCCACCUAUGUCCCGCUGAAAGGCGAGUCUGUCUCCGAACUCGUCGGACGCAAUGUUCAAAAAGAUCUGUGCCCAGUGCAGCUCUUUCCAGAAAAGCGUCCGACAGACUCGCCUGAGAGACUGUUAAAGUUUGACGCAAGUUUGUUAGAUUCGCUGGAGAAGGUUCGACCAAUUGCACUCAAGGUGACUCGUCCCUUUCCUGUAAAACUGGUUGAAUAUCCGAUUAAUUGGUUCGUGGAAUUACUCUGGCACCUUUUCGUCCCAUUCACUAUAUACAACAUCGAGUACCUAGACCCAGUGGUUCGUUUACCAGGUGAGAAUUCCCGCGAUUUUGCAGCACGGAUUCGUGAAACCAUUGCACAGGCAUUGGGUCUUCAGCCUGCCGCCGAAGAGGAUGAAGAAGAGACAUUGGCCGAGCCCUGCUUUGAGCGAGAACCUAUCUACUCGACGUCCACAUCCUCCUCAACUUCUGCGUCCCCAAAAUCCAGUGUUUCCACUAUUCGUUCGUCCAUUCCGAGCAUCUCAUCCACCAUCCAGGAAGAGUAUGAUGGCUUGCGAUUUCGUGGCUCCAGGUCUGAUUCGCAGUCUCCUAUCGAGUAUACAACACCCGUUCCGCCGCCGCCGUUGAUGGAUGAGUAUGUAUCGGGCAACCGAACUAAGAUGUUUGAUCAUCUUGUUCCAGCUGUUCGUGAAGUACUCUCAGAGGUGUCAAUCACUCGAAUACGUAACGCUCUGAUUGAUGCCGACGGUGAUGUGGAUGCUGCUAUCGAUAUCCUAGUUUCAAAGGAAAAUGAUGAUCUGAAUGAAUCCGCCUCAAAUGCAGCCACUGAUCAAUUGCCUGUCGCACGACUCCGUAUGGCGGCGGAAACGUUCCACUCCACCUCCCAGGCGCGCCAAGCCAGUUUGCUGGAACGUCGAAGUGCGUUGCUGGCCCAUGCGCGUCAGAGAUUUGUUGCCCCGGACUCCUCCGAAUAAUUCUUUCAUUUGGUGCUCCGAAUGCAUUCACCUAUCUGAGUCUACUUUGCAUCCACUAGCACUCACCAACUCCCGCUCACUUAGAGACCUCACUCGUUAUGCCUGAGCACCUGUUUGUAGAAUAACACUUGGCAGUGGAUUUCAUUGUCCUUCUCGUUGAUGAGUUUUUCUACUCACAUAUCGGACUCCUGUGUCACACUCCAG